AUCAAACUGCAGAUGUCACCAAGUGGGAAAUUCUCACAACAAAAGCUGACAGCUGAGGCUGGAGUUCUCUCAGCUGCGUACUUCAGGGUGGCCAGAAAAGAGAUGUUGCUGUGCUUUUCAUUUGGUAAGCUAGUGUCUUGUUUUACAUCUCAAGCUUACUCUUUAUGGUACAGGUCAUCAAUUUCUACAUGGGUCUUGUGACGGAAAGAAGUAAGAGGGAGGGAUAUCCAUCAGUCCAUGCUUUUAGUUCGUUCUUUUAUGAAAAACUUACUUCUGGGGGCUACAAAGCCGUGGGAAGAUGGACGAGGCGUGUGGAUCUCUUCCAGAGGGACAUCAUCUUAGUGCCCAUUAACUUGCGUUUGCACUGGACACUAGCGGUCAUAGACACCAGAAAGAAGACCAUCAAAUACUACGACUCCCUGGGACAAGGAGGGGACAAGAUUUGUGAGACUUUGCUCAAAUACCUGCAAGAAGAAAGCUGUGAAAAAAGACACGUGAAGCUGAAUGUUUCAGAGUGGACUGUUCACAGC